GGCCCAGCGAGCCCCCCGCCGCCCCGCGCCUGGCGGACCGGGUGUGGGCGGGGGGAACCCCGGUCUCGGCUGCAGGAGCCCCCCCUGCGCACGCCUCGGCCCCGGGCGCUCCUCUGGCGGGGCUUGAGGCCGGCGCGAAGGUGUUGAGUUUCAGUGCCACUCGUGGGGACCCUGCCCUGCCAUCAUGGAGACGGAGAGCGAGCAGAACUCCAGCUCCACCAAUGGCAGCUCCAGUGGUGCGGGGGGCAGUGCACGACCCCAGAUAGCACAGAUGUCACUGUAUGAACGGCAGGCCGUGCAGGCUCUGCAGGCACUACAGCGUCAGCCCAAUGCGGCCCAGUACUUCCACCAGUUUAUGCUCCAGCAGCAGCUUAGCAAUGCCCAGCUGCAUAGCCUGGCUGCCGUCCAGCAGGCCACGAUUGCUGCCAGUCGGCAGGCCAGCUCCCCAAACACCAGCAGCGCACAGCAACAAACAGCCACCACGCAGGCCUCGAUCAGUCUGGCCACCACCUCGGCCACACAGCUCAUCAGCCGGUCCCAGAGUGUGAGCUCACCCACCGCCACCACGCUGACCCAGUCGGUGCUGCUGGGUAACGCCGCCUCCCCACCGCUCAACCAGUCUCAAGCCCAGAUGUACCUCCGGCCACAGCUGGGAAACCUAUUGCAGGUCAACCGGACCCUGGGCCGGAAUGUGCCUCUAACCUCCCAGCUCAUCCUGAUGCCUAACGGGGCGGUGGCUGCAGUCCAGCAGGAGGUGCCAUCGGCUCAGUCUCCUGGAGUUCAUGCCGAUGCCGAUCAGGUACAGAACUUGGCGGUACGGAACCAGCAGGCCUCAGCCCAGGGACCCCAGAUGCCAGGCUCCACGCAGAAGGCCAUUCCUCCCGGGACCUCCCCGGUCUCCAGCCUCUCCCAAGCUUCCAGCCAGGCCCUAGCAGUGGCUCAGGCAUCCUCUGGGGCUUCCGGCCAGUCCCUCAACCUUAGCCAAGCUGGUGGAGGCAGUGGGAAUAGUCUCCCAGGCCCCCUAGGUCCAGGUGGAGCUGGCCAGGUGCCUGGGGGCUUGGGUCAGCUCUCUUCCUCUGGUAUGGGGGCCGGAGGCUGCCCCCGGAAGGGCACGGGCGUCGUACAGCCCCUGCCCGCGGCGCAGACGGUGACCGUGAGCCAGGGUAGCCAGACGGAAGCCGAGAGCGCCGCAGCCAAAAAGGCGGACGCGGAUGGCACAGCUCAGCAGAAUGUGGGCAUGAACCUGACGCGAACUGCCACCCCUGCCCCCAGUCAGACCCUUAUCAGUUCAGCCACCUACACACAGAUCCAACCUCACUCCCUGAUCCAGCAGCAGCAGCAGAUCCACCUGCAGCAGAAGCAGGUGGUGAUCCAGCAGCAGAUCGCCAUCCAUCACCAGCAGCAAUUCCAGCACCGCCAGUCGCAGCUGCUGCACACAGCCACGCACCUGCAGCUAGCGCAGCAGCAGCAACAGCAGCAACAGCAACAGCAGCAGGCUGCGCAGGCAGCCCCCCUCCCCACGCCGCAGCCCCCUUCAGUCCCUCCCCAAGCUCCGCAGGUUCCACCAUCUGUGUCGCAGCCACAAGCCCAGACACUGGUGGUCCAGCCCAUGCUCCAGUCUUCGCCCUUGUCGCUGCCGCCCGAACCCAGCCCCAAGCCUCCCAUCCCCAUCCAGUCCAAGCCGCCCAUAGCUCCACUCAAGCCUUCUCAGUUGGGGGCCGCGAAGAUGUCUGCCACACAGCAGCCUCCCCCCCACAUCCCGGUACAGGUGGUGGGGACCCGGCAGCCUGGAACCGCUCAGGCCCAGGCGCUAGGCCUGGCUCAGCUGACUGCUGCCGCCGCUGUCCCCACAUCCCGGGGCCUGCCAGGGACAGUGCAACCUGGCCAGGCCCAUCUGGCCACCUCGCCACCGGCAUCCCAGGCGGCCGGGGCACUGCAGGAGUGUCCCCCUUCCUUGGCCGCGGGGAUGGGCCUCGGCCCCAUGCAGGGCACGGCUCAUGUGGUGAAGAGCGGGGCUCCUGCUGCCUCGCCGGUGGUGCCUCAGGUCCCCGCCACCUUUUACAUGCAGCCCAUGCGCCUGCCGGGCAAACCCCAGACACUGGGCGUCAAACGCAAGGCCGAGUCAGAGGAGGAGAGAGAUGAUAUCCCUACAUUGGCCUCCAUGCUUCCUGCCAAGCCAUCUCCAGUGGCAGAGAGCCCCAAGAUUCUUGAGGAGAGGAGUGGCUUUGGGGAGAAAGCCGAACCUGUGACCGGUGUGAACGUGAAUCUGCCGGGCAGUGACCUGGUCGCCUUGGCCCCUGCCCCAUCAGCCCCACCCCCGACUCUCGCCAUGGUGUCCAGACAGAUGGGUGACUCCAAACCUCCGCAGGCCAUUGUGAAGCCCCAGAUUCUCACGCACAUCAUCGAGGGCUUUGUUAUCCAGGAGGGUGCUGAGCCCUUCCCGGUGGCCUGUUCUCAGAUCCUGAAAGAGUCCGAGAAGCCGCUUGCCACGGGGCUCCCAACAGGACUGAACGAGAAGCAGUUGGCAGGGCCCAUGGGAGGGAGCAGCCCGUCUGUUGAGCCAGACAAGAAGGCAAACCUCCUCAAGUGUGAGUACUGCGGGAAGUAUGCGCCUGCCGAACAGUUCCGAGGCUCCAAGAGGUUCUGCUCCGUGACCUGCGCCAAGAGGUAUAAUGUGAGCUGCAGUCACCAGUUUCGGCUGAAGAGGAAAAAAAUGAAAGAGUUUCAAGAAGCCAACUACGUGCGUGUGCGCCGGCGCGGGCCCCGCCGCAGCUCCUCAGACAUCGCCCGGGCCAAGAUCCAGGGCAAACGCCACCGGGGACAAGAGGACUCGAGCCGAGGUUCGGAUAAUUCCAGUUAUGAUGAAGCCCUCUCCCCCACGUCCCCGGGGCCAUUGACAGGGCGAGCUGGGCAUGGGGAACGGGACCUGGGCGACCCCAACACAGCUCCCCCUACGCCAGAACUACAUGGAAUCAACCCCGUGUUCCUGUCCAGUAAUCCCAGCCGAUGGAGUGUCGAGGAGGUGUAUGAGUUCAUUGCUUCCCUACAAGGAUGCCAAGAGAUCGCAGAGGAGUUUCGCUCGCAGGAGAUUGAUGGACAGGCCCUUUUGCUCCUUAAGGAAGAGCAUCUUAUGAGUGCCAUGAACCUCAAGCUGGGCCCUGCCCUCAAGAUCUGCGCCAAGAUAAAUGUCCUCAAGGAGACCUAAAGAGGUGCUCUGGCUCAGCCAGCCUGGGGCUGAUGUCCCCACCGUCUGGGCUGGCCCCCGUCCGUGGCAGACUUCACAGGGAAGAGCGCCUUCCAGAGAGUGGAUCAUCUGGACAGGGAAGAGAACCAAGUCCAAGAGUUGGUUGGUUGCUGGUGCUAAAAUGGCGACAGCUUGGACAUUUUCUCUGGGUUCUACUUUGUUUUCUACAAUCUUGGCAACUCUCACCGUCCUCAAGACUGGCCAGUCAUGGUCAACCAGGCAGUCUAGGAGAACUAGGACUGCCCGCCUUAUCCUGGAGCUGAGUUGGGCCCCGGGGCUUGUUUGGCAAGGGGUGAUGGUACCCAGUAUGCCAAGGCCAGGCAGUGGGAGAAAUGCCUCCCCAAGCAAGAGGGGACGUGUUAGAGCUUGUGGGACACAAGCAGUAAAAGAUGGCACGUCCCCUCCUGGCUGUUACUGGGGCCCAUUUUCCCAGCAUCUAUCACCAGGUCUCCCUCCUGUACCCAGGGCAAGGUCCUCCGAGAUCAUUCUGGUUUGCUGCAGGGGCUGUUUGGCACCUAGCGGCUUUUGUCAUUCUGCAUUCCCCUGCCCUCUUGUACCAUCUUGGGUUUCUACCUGCCUUCCUUUUUCACAACUCUGCAAGUCCUAUAGCUUUAUAAACAGGAGUGCCUGGGGCUGCGGUCAGGUAUAAGAACGGCCACCGGCACUAUUCCUUAUACAACACAAAUAGGAAAUAUUUUUUUUUCCUCCUCAGUAAAAGGAAGAAAAUUGGU